CAGUCUCUUGGGCCACCCGGGACGCCGUACGCUCGGCCGCUACCACCCCGCCGCUCUGCGCGGAAACGGGGGUGCGUCGGACCGCCUUCCUCCGCCCCGCCGCGCUGGUAGCGCCCUGGCAGCCGUUAGGGGAGCCGUUACGCUACAGUGCAAAAAUGAUCAUCCCAGUCAGAUGCUUCACGUGUGGCAAAAUAGUUGGAAACAAGUGGGAAGCUUAUCUUGGCCUUCUGCAAGCAGAAUAUACAGAAGGAGAUGCCCUGGAUGCCCUUGGUUUGAAGAGAUACUGCUGCCGCAGAAUGCUCCUAGCUCACGUGGAUCUGAUUGAGAAGCUUUUGAAUUAUGCACCCCUGGAGAAAUGAGCUGAAAAAAGUACCAUGCUGCAAGCCGCGUGGAACGUAUCUCUAAUUCUAGACUUGAAACUGGACUUCAGGCAGUAAAGGAUGAAAGCCACCUGUAGUGCAACCAUUGAGAGAUGUUUACCUUCUGGAGAAAAUGCUGCCCCGAGCCACAAACGUCUUUCAAGAAAACAAAGGAAAGAUGAAGUCCACUUAACCAAGAUUUGGAGAUUAAAUUAGAAGUUUGGAUGCUUCUUUUUAAAUCUGUGUUUGGAGAUGUUUUGUGAGCGUUUAGAUGCUUCUACCAGCAAGCUUAAAUGUUUGUUCAUGUAGAAAAAUUAUUAUAUUUCAUUAAAACUUUGAAAUAAA